CUUUUCUCUUUGCGUAUCUCUUUUUACACAGUCUCUAAUAAAUAGAAUAAAUACCUAUGAAAACCAUAGAAAAGUUUAAAGUUUGAAUUUGGCAACACUUUUCCCGUACUUUAAAACUACGUCAAGUUUGUCUACACGUGCGGUUGUUUAAAUUUAGUAGAAAAAAAAAAUUUAUUUCGUUGCGCGAUUUGUAGUGUUUCGCAAACAUCAUUGUUGAAUAUUAGACAUGUCCAAAGAAGAACAGAUGGAGUUCGCCGAGGAUCAAAGCUUAGAGAAUGCGAUUCUCGCAGGAGAAAGCGAUGAUGAGGAUGAAGACAUGGGGACUAAUGCUGGCGCUAACAGCCAGGUUUAUUUGCCGGGUCGAAAACUGAACAACGACGAGGAACUCGUUUGUGACGAAUCGGCGUAUGUUAUGUUGCACCAGGCUCAUACUGGAGCCCCUUGUCUUAGUUUUGAUAUCAUACCGGAUCCGUUAGGCGAAGAUAGAGAGAAAUUUCCAUUGACGGCAUUUUUAGUGGCUGGAACGCAAGCUGCCAGAACUCAUGUAAACAACGUAAUUAUCAUGAAAAUGUCCAACCUGCAUCGCACUUCAAAAAAGCAGGACACUGAUGACGAAUCAGAUUCAGAUGAAUACAGUGACGAGGAGGAUGUAGAUGAUAAACGACCUCAAAUGAGUUGCGCUCUGAUAAAGCACGCUGGAUGCGUGAAUCGGAUUAGGUCAACAACAUUUAACAAUAAUCGUUAUGUAGCAACGUGGAGUGAAAUGGGACGGGUUAGCAUUUAUAAUAUCAAUGAUCAGCUGGAAGCGGUUGAUAACGAGCAUUCGUGCAAAACCUAUGAAAAUAAUCAGGUCGGAGAUGGCGUUAAGGCGGACUUUACAUUUUCUGGACAUCAAAAAGAAGGAUUUGCCAUUGAUUGGUGUACCACUAUUCGGGGUAUGCUUGCAACUGGAGAUUGCCGAAGAGAUAUUCACAUUUGGAGACCAAAUGACAAGGGCUCAUGGACGGUUGAUCAACGACCGCUUGUAGGUCACACGGAUUCAGUUGAAGAUAUUCAGUGGAGUCCAAACGAACCAAAUGUGCUUGCUACCUGUUCAGUCGAUAAAUCUAUUCGUAUUUGGGAUUGUAGAGCAGCCCCCACAAAGGCUUGCAUGCUUACAGCGGCAAAUGCUCACGAAAGCGACGUGAAUGUUAUCAGUUGGAACAAAAAUGAACCAUUGCUUGCUAGUGGUGGAGAUGACGGUUAUUUACACAUUUGGGAUCUACGGCAAUUUCAAUCAAAAUCAAUCGUAGCAACAUUUAAGCACCAUACUAAUCAUGUUACAACCGUUGAGUGGCAUCCGAAGGAAUCUACAAUCCUAGCUUCUGGCGGUGACGACGACCAAAUUGCCUUAUGGGAUCUAUCGGUUGAACGAGAUGAUGAACAGGAGCGCAAUGAUCCAACUCUGAAAGAUCUUCCCCCUCAACUACUAUUCAUACAUCAAGGGCAAACGGAGAUCAAGGAACUACAUUGGCACCCGCAACUUAAAGGUGUUUUACUAUCCACUGCUCACAGUGGGUUUAAUAUUUUCCGAACAAUCAGCAUAUAGAAUAAUUUACGUUGUAUGUAAACAUACGUAGAUGCCAACGGAAAACUGAAAAUGAAUUUUCACGAAUAAAUAUUGAUCCAUUUAAGCUGGACUGAAUUGGGUUUUUUUGAGUUCUUUCUAAUAAAAAUACGUAGCAACGAUGAUCCAGUAAACCUGUAGAAAUUAUUCAAAAAUAAAAUAUUGCGCUUAUUGUA